AUGUGGUUGACACUCCAUCCUUCUUCCUGGCACCAAUACACUCGAGCUCCAGCAUCUCGCCAUGUACAGCCCAAGAAAGUUUUCAACAUUACCGGAAAUGUGCAAAAUGCGAAUUCUCUGACCACCGGGCGAGGGUUUGCAACAUUCAUUCGCAAAUCGACUAGCGAUCCAGUGCCAGCCUUGACUCUGGAUUUUGGCCAGGACGUCGUGGGAUACCCUCAAAUCGCAUUCGCUGGAGCUUCAAACAAUACUCCAGGAGUCAGGUUGACCUUCUCAGAAACGACCGAGUAUCUGACGAACGUAUCUGACUUCACCCGGUCAGACAAUGGUGAUACGAUCACCCCAGGAAACGAUCAAUUCGCAGUACCUUCCCAGCCAUACACUUGGACAGAUACAAAUGGAUGCUUGUAUGGCAAUCAAGUAUGUGCCGACGGUCUGCAUGGCUUUCGAUACCUGCGAAUAGCCCUCGAUGCGCUCGAUUCGGAUGCUCCACAUACUUCCCCUAACGGCACCUUCAGGAUCCAGGACGUCUCCCUGCAAUUCACCGCCUUUCUCGGUACCGCAGACACCUACACUGGCUACUUUGAGUGUUCGGACGAACAGCUCACUCAAUGGUGGUUCGACGCUGCAUACACCAACGAGCUGUGUACCGACCACUUCCGCUCUUCAGAUGUUGACCCUCGGAACUCAUCAACGCCAACGCUGGAGGGUAAGCUGGUUCUCCUGGACGGGCCGAAGAGGGAUCGUGAUCCGUACGUCGGCGACAUCACUGUCUCUGGGCGGACUUCGUAUCUCACACAUGAUGUUGCCGAGGCUGCAAAGAAUGUCAUGGCAGAUCUGGCAGAUCACCAGCGAAGCGAUGGCUGGAUCCCACCAGCAAGCAUCAACGAUUACACCCUUCCUUUGUUCGACUAUCCACUACACUGGGUGGUAAGCGGCUGGGAGUAUGUACUGUACACCGGCGAUACCGACUACGCUCGCUCGUACUUUGAAAACUUGGUUGCAGUGCUCGAUCGCUGGUAUCCAUCGGUUACUGAUUCAAACAACCUGCUCUCCAAGGGCUUAAACGGAACCGACGGCUAUGGCGACUAUGCAUUCCUGCCACGUACCGCUGAAGUCACGUACUACAAUGCGCUGUAUGUUUUGGCUUUGAAAUAUGCCUCUGCGUGGGCUACAGCGCUUAACGACGGAGCAUCAUCGAAGCGCUGGUCGGAUCGAGCCUCGGUGGUAUCAUCUGCCAUCAACUCUCAUCUAUGGGAUGCGUCUGUGGGAGCCUACUUCGAUUCUAGCAACACCACAAGUGGAGUUCGCCACGCUCAAGACGGGAACUCUAUUUCAGUAUUGGCAGGCGUUGCUGACAGAUCCAGAGCAAAUUCAGCAUUGCAAUAUCUCUCAGCCCACAACUCUCGCUUCUACGGCAACACAUUCUACGAUGGCUCUCUUCCUGGUGUUGACAAUGCAACCGACCGAGUGUACGCCUUCAUCUCCUACUUUGAGCUGCAAGCACGCUUCGUGGCCAAUCAGACAGAUUCAGCAAUCGAGCAGAUUGAUCGCUUGUACGGCUGGAUGUCGAGCAAUGAUCCGGGCGUGACAUUCUGGGAAGGUAUUGGGCCCAACGGUACCAAGUACGAACAAGAGUUCACCAGCCUUUCUCAUGGAUGGUCCACUGGCAUCGUGCCUUUGCUUUCGAACUACGUCCUGGGCAUCAACCCAACUGGUCCUGGCUUUCAGACCUGGACCGUGAAGCCAUAUCCGCCAAGUCGGCUGUCUUGGGCGAAGGGUCAGGUUGCGACGCCCAAAGGCCCUUUCACGGCUUCGUGGCAGAAGCAGGGCAGAGGGGAUUUUGUGCUGGAUGUGCAGGCUCCGACUGGGCAAGGAACUAUAUCCGUGCCAGUCGGUCGAGGGCAGACUGUGCGCAUAGAUGGGAGGCCUGUGUCGAUCGGGGAAGCGGAGAGUUGA